ACUAACAGCAACCCUAAGGUCAUCCGCCAUUGGUACUUGGAAUAUUUGUACGAGACCAAAGUUAUUCCUGGUACAAUGGCAACGAUACAUGCUUUUCUUCGAAGAAACCAUGUUGAUAUAGAUGACCCUCGCGAUUCCAUCAUAUAUGGACCAUCAACCUCAUAUCAAGUAAGUUUCUGGAUACAUUGUAUAUGUACCUGGUAAAAGUUGCUUCCACCUUGUUUGAUCUGUAAAUUCCUUUGUCUGAUGUUCAUUCCAAUAGAUGAGACAAAAGAAUUGCAACAAACGUCUGCAGCUUUGCUUUCUCUAUAGACUGAGAGAUGGUGGAAGGAACUCCAUGAAAGAAUGGAAAAAUACUUCAAGGAACAACUAAAUUGGUUAAAGGACCAAGGUCAUUACAAUCCACAUAGUGAAAGAGACAGGUCGAUAUAUAUUAAAUGCAUGUAGACCAUAAGGACUUCUCCUUCCCUCCUUUGUGACAGGUUCACAUCCAAAUGCAUGUGCUAUGCAAAAAAACCAAACACUUGUGCAUUUCCCAGCCUCAACCAUCUGAAUCGACUGGGUGAAUGGAUUCAUGUAUAGGCUAAGCAGUCACGCAUUUGUGCGUACUUGUGUCUAUCCAUAACUUGUGUCCUUUAGCCCGAGUCAUAAUAAUGAACUUGACGACCUGGUUUUGUGUUAUAUUUUUAGAAUGCUAUUAGCUUUCAUAAUGAUACCAGUGGUACAGAAACAACUUGAUGUAUUCCGGACAGUUGUGUGGACCAGCCACAGAACAAGAGCAAAGAAAGAUACAGCUUUGCCCGAUGGAGUCCCUGAUCAUAUCUACAGCUUUCCAGACAUGUAUGGUCUGGAAGAUUGUGGUAUGGUUAUGUCACAUUUAUAUAUGUUGAUGCAUUUUACGCACAUGUACAGUGUACUACCCUGUAUACACCAUAUGCCCGAGCUUCACGUGGGGUCACUCUAG